AUGGCACAAGCAAUUGAGGAGGAAGACAGGCAAUGGUGCAGUUUAACAGCAAAAGGCCUAAAGGCAAAGUUGAGUAUAGUAGAACUUUGGAAGCCUAAGUGUGAGGACCUGCUGCUAUUGCAGAUAAAAUCAAAAAGAAUAAUUAAACCAAUUGAAAAAUCUCAGGAAGAUGAGUUCUUACGGCAUUUGUCAGAAGAGGAAAAAGAAUGCCUCAGUUAUUUGAUUGAAACCAUUGACUCAUUAGAGGUGGAUUUGGAGCGAGAUGAUGAGGAGGGGCUGGCAAAGGGGGAUGGCGCUAUCAGUGAUGGUUUUUAUGAGUUUCUAGGAAUGGUAUGCAGCAGUCGACAAACCGAAGAUACAGCAAGCGCAGAUGGUGCGGCUACCUGUGACAGUAUUGGAAUUAUUGGAAAUGUGGAUAUAAUCACCAGUAGCCCGCCUGCUCAAGUGAUCAGUAACAGAGAUACAGAGUCAAUUCCAGUGGGUGAUACAACACCUAACCAAGCAGCAACGUUCAAAGAGAGCAAGCAGGGGAAGGAAUCAAUGAGACAUCAAGGAUGCGACACGAUAAUAGCAUUGGAAACCAAGCCCUCAGACCAGUCCAGAGAGACUUCACCUGAUGAACAAAGUUCAUCCAGAACACUUACUUUGCUUCCUGCUCAUGCUAAAAAGUUUGAUACCAUUUUGAGGUCAGGGGUUAGUGUGCAGGAGCUCCGAGCCCAGGUUCUAGCCCGCCUUAGUGGGUCUGGCCAGAAGAAACCAAGUGGUCAGAUGGAGGGUUUGGCUGCUCAGUCCGACUCCCUCCGAUUGCUUGGAAGGCCUGAGCAAAAGGCAGCAAGGCAAGAUGCCCUUCAAAGACUAGGACUUGUGAAAUUUGCUGGAGGCUUGUCUAACAGCAACAACUCCUCAUCCUCUCAACCUUUUGCAACAGAAGGAACUCAACAGUUAAAAUCUUUGCAAUCACCAAAAGAAACAGAUCAUAGAGAAGCUUUGAAAAAGCUGGGUCUGUUAAACUUGGGAUCUUGAAAAAUUGUCACAGAAAGCUGCAGGAUUAGAGGACUUGUCGAUAUAUUAUUUUUCUAAAAUUUCUCUACUUGUGCAGUCACUGGUCAGUUAGUUGCUGGUUGGCAUUCUCAGGAAGGUUCCCUGCCCUCAAUAAGGCCAGUAAAAUGUGUCAAAUGCCUUUCAGUAUACUCAGGAAAAUUUGUUAAUGAAGCAGCCUUCUAUAAACACACUUCUCUUUUUCUGCCGUUGGGCAUUAAUAAUUCACUGAGUCAUUCCUAAAAUACUUGUGACAGUAAACAAGAACAUUUACUCAACAAAGCACAUUUAACAAGGACAUGGGGUUGACCCUCUAACUUUUGAAUGGAAGUAGGAGUCUGAGCAUCAGUCUCUAAAUUUAAAUAAAAAGGGUGAGCAGCUUAUUGAUGCCUUGCAGCUUUGAAUCUGGACUAGGAGCACAAUUAUGGGUUAAAGCCCACAUCCUGGCACUGCAUUGUGCAGGCCCUAGAAACUGCUGUGCGCUGCUGCAUUGUGUUCCUUCCCUCUGGCAAAUUGAAAUUACAUAGAGAUCAUACGUCAAGUGAUCAAAUAUUUGUUGGAUUUCCAUUAAUCAUGGUGUCUUUAGUAUCCUGCAUCUGCUUACUGUUUUAUUGGUCACUCUAUUGUUUACGUAACUUAUCCAUUUCCUAUAUAUAUGCAUACACUUAUAUACACAACAUAGGAGUACUUGUGUACAUCAGUCACACUUUGAAUUAAUAAACAUUUCUUUCCAAUCACAAUUCAUAUUCUGCCCAAUAUGCUGUUUGCCGUGGCUUGAAGAAAAAAGAACAACUGAUGUGUAUUUUUUGUUAACUUCAAUGAAAAAGAGAAUUGGCAGGUUGUGACAUAAUAUUGUUGUCCAAGAUCAAUUUCAGGCUUAAAUUUCAUACUACUCCUAAAUUAGCAGUUCCAGAAACAAUGCCCUGUCUCUUUUCUGCUGCUGCAUUUUGCAUGCUGUUUUUGUUUUUGUAAUACUUAUUCAUCCAUUCAAGCUCUGUUUUUACAUUAACUAAAAUACGAGGUUCUGAUGAAGGACGUAUAUCACAAACAUGUUGCCUAUUUUUCUCCCUCAGGCGUUGAUUGACAUCUUAUUUGAUUUCAAGCAUUUUCUGUUUUUCUUGCAUGACUCUGAAAUUUUCCCUUUUAC